CGAUUUUGAAUGAGUUGUACGCGCCGCGUUCGCUUUGAGGGGCCCAAAACUGAAAACCGAAAACCGAAAACUGAAAACUGAAAACCAAAAACCAUAACUCGAAACUCUUCAGAAUCGCGAGUGCGUGCGUGCGUGUGUGCCUGUGUGCGUGUGCGCCUUCGACUGUGUGUGUGUGUGUGUGAGCCGCGCCCACCCGCCCUUACGAUAGCUGCCCCCACAAGCUGCACAUUUUGUUGUAUUUUUUUUUUGUUGGCUAAGUUUGGUUUGUUAUUUUCGUGUUUUUGUUGUGCAUGUGCCGCCAAAUGAAAUUUGUGUGCAACAAGCGGCGAAUGCAGGCCAGCAGCAACAACAGCAGCAGCAACAGCAACAACAACUGUUACUUUUAGAGGUUAGGCGCCUUGUCCGCCCGCUUCAAAUAUUUUCGAACUGGGUAUCCCACAACUGGUCAGCGCCAGGUUCAAGUGUAACCAGUUACCAGUUUCCAGAAACACGACAACAACAGCAACAGCAACAACAACAGCAACACCAACAGCAACAACAGCAACAGCAACAACAACAGCAUCAGCUUCAACCACUUCAAAUGUACAAUCUGCAUGCGGCCAACUAACUGUAAAACGCGCCGUGCAACGGUCAGCAACAAAUAGCACAACAGCAUCAGCAGCAACAACCUGUAACGACAGCAACAACAGCGACAACAGCAACACACUUGAGAAUUGCAUAAAAUUGAAAUUAGAUAUUGGCGGCGCAUCAAAUUACCAAAUGCUGUUGCUGUUGCCAGAACUAUGGCAACGACAAAAAUCAUGGCAACAACAACAACCACAACAGCAACAGCAGCAGCAGCAGCAGCUGCGAUUGGCAGCAUGCAGCAGCAGCAGCAGCAGCAAAGGCCGUUGCGCGGUAUUUCAAUAAUAAUUGAAUCUGAGCAACCAGCUAAGCCGGCAGGCAACAACAUUGAAGGCGACGAAAUGUCGCUCAAGUCGCAGACAAUGUUGUUGGCAUUUGGCGACAAUAGCAGCAGCAGCAGCAGCAACAACAACAAUGAUAGCAGCAGCAAUAACGAUCAAGACAACAAUUUGCAGACGCCGCAGGUUGACCAUGCAAGCCAUGUUGUUUUGGAAACUAGUUGCAACACGGUGGAAGCAACAACAGCUGCAGCAACAAACGAGCCAGCAACUAAAUUAUAUCCACAGCUGCUGCUGCGCAUUGGCCAGGCCGAGGCCGAGGUUAACUCUGUGCCUGUUGCUGAUGCUGUUGCUGUAGAAAUGGCGCCAGCAGCAGCAACUAUUAUCAGCUGCAAUGUUGCCGAUGACGUUAGAAACGUGUUACGAGCUGCAGCCACAGCUGAGCUUGAAGCUAUUCAAAUUGAAGAGAGCGCUCUCCACGGCAACGGCAACGGCAACGGCAACGGCGACGACGACGCUAGUCAGUUAACGUUAGGUGCAGUGACCGAAACAGUUGGCGUCUGUGCGCCACAGCACACGGUCAAGAUACAGAUAGCCAACGGUCAGAGCUCGUAUUCAAGUCAAAGCCAGCCCAGGCUCGGCAAACAGAUAAGCGUGGUAAAACUGAACGACAGCCAAAGCGACAGCGACAUGGUAUUACAUUUAAAGCAACAGCAGCAGCAGCAGGAGGAGCAACAGCAACAGCAGCAAUUGCUACAAUUGCAGCUGCAGCAGCAACAGCAUUCGCAAACGGAGGCACAGCCACCCACAGCGCCCUAUCAGCUAUGCUAUUUGGUGUCCAGUGGCCAGUACUCGCCCUGCGAGACUCUAGACAGCGGCACUGGCAGCGAUCUGGAGAGCAUCAAGUCGCCCAGCAGCAACAGCAACAGCAGUAACAUUGGCAACAGCAACAGCAACAUUAACAACAGCAACAGCAACAUUGGCAGCAGCGGCGUGCCCAAGCUGGAGCUGCAUCUGAAGACGACGCGCAUCCGAGUGAAUACGCCGAGCGGGCAAUCCGGAACGCACUCGCGCGCCUACAGCUUGACGGACAGCGAGGAGUGUGACGAGAGCAGCUCCUCGCUGAGCUGCGAUUCGCUGCACUCCAAUGAGGCGGCGCCGAUACUUAAAUUGGGCGCCCUUUUGCCCAGUUCGCUGCUGCGCGAUAUACGCGGCAGGGAGGUGGCCAGGGAGGGGCAGAUGGAACAGUCUUCGACGGCGACCAAAAUCGAUGGACGUCCUCUACAAUAUGAGGCAGAUCAAUAUUACAAUUUUCAUGUCAACGAGCAUGCAAAUUAUCGUAGUUUCGGUCCGGAGAGCUGCAGUCGUAUGUCGCCGGAAUACGAGGCGUACUGUUUGCCAGGCGAAGCCGAGGACCAGGAUGAGGAUGCUUUUGCCGGCUACAAGGAUGUGCGCCGCUCCUCACAAACAUCCACAAUACGCUCCUCCAAGGGCACCGUGCGCGGCGUCAAGAAUCGUGUGCGCAAUGGAGUAGCCACCUUCUUGCAGUUGCAGCAGCCGAAUGUCAAGAACUACAUGGAGAAGGAUCUGGGCAAGGUAGUACUGUACACAACCAGCAUGGGCAUCAUACGGGAUACCUAUGCCAAGUGCGCCAAUGUCAAGCAGAUAUUGCGUACACUGCUCGUCAAGUUUGAGGAACGGGAUGUAUUCAUGAGCAUCGAGUAUCAGCAGGAGAUGCGGGAUCGCAUGCACCAUGAAACGAUCCGGGUGCCGCAGCUAUUCGUUGAGGGCCAGCACAUUGGCGAUGCCGACACGGUUGAGCGUCUGAACGAGAGCGGCGAGCUGCGCCAACUACUGCGACCUUAUAAGUCGCUGGCAACGGCGUACACCUGCCAGACCUGCGGAGGCUUUCGAUUGCUGCCCUGCCCCUCGUGCAAUGGCUCCAAGAAGUCGGUCCAUCGAAACCACUUUACCGCCGAAUUCGUGGCCCUCAAGUGCAUGAACUGCGAUGAGGUUGGCUUGGUCAAGUGCCCGACAUGCUAGAGUUCCCCUUCCCAUUCCCCCCCCCUCCCCUUCCAACUGGCCGCCGAAGCUGAUUAAAUUGGAUUUAUUCACUCGCGUACCAUUUUGUUUCGUUUCUAGUAAUAAUGCGUAUUUACCCAAGAA